UGCAGACGCGAUGGCGUACGUGAAGUGUCGCAGCGAAGGCCCUUCUAAAGGAGGUGAAAUUCUCAAUUCUGUUUUUAAUUGACAGCUUUUGCGGUUUUAAGAAUAGUUGUAAAGUGCAUUUAUUCGUUGUGUUGCAGGCAUGAGUGAAUGCUAAAUCGUAGAGCUGUAAUUUUACUAUUGUAGAGCUUCAGGCUAUAUAGGUUUAGCCAGCUAGCUACAUUAGCUCUGUGUCGAGAUGAAUUUUGAACAGACGUUUAAUAUUCAACGCGGAUAUUUCAUGUCGAUUAAUACGGUUAAGUGAAUACUAUUGUUAGGUAUUCUACAAAUAUAGCAUAUUCUUUACCUUGUUUUCGUACUUAAAAAACAUAGUUUUUACUUACUUCCCCCAAACAUGAAAAUUCUGUCAUCAUUUAUUCACCUUCGUUGUUCCAAAUCUGUAUAAAUGUCUUUCUUCUGAUGUACACUAAGAUAUUUGUAUGAAUGCUUACAACCAGACGGAUUGUGCCCCCCAUUGACUAUUUUAUAGUAGGAAGAAAAUACUUAUUUUUUCUGUUGAGCUCAAAAGACGUUUUGAAGAAUGUGAGACAGCAAACAGUUCUGGGGCACUUUUGACUACCAUUGAAUUUUCUCCUCCCAUGGUAGUCAAUGGGGGGAAAAAUCAAGUCUGGUUAUAAGCAUUCUUCCAAAUAUUUUCCUCUGUGUUCUUCAGAACAAAGACAUUUAUAGAGUAAAUGAUGACAGAAUUUUCUUUUUUGGUUGAAGUAUUAAUUUAAAGUCUAGUGUUUUAUUGUUAGCACCACUAAACCCAUAAAUGUAUACACUAAAACAAAAAUAGCUCAAAAAAGUGCCAGGUAUUUUUGGACACCACUCAUUGUUUGUAUUGCCAUGUGAAUAUAUAUGGUAACAUAAAGUAAUAAUAGAAUUGCCACUAACAUGCCAUUUCUUUAACAUGGUAGUCUCUGACCUACUUUGGACAUUUAUUUAGGUGUAUGGGAAUAAUUCAGCAUUCUAUUGUAUUAUUGUAACAUGGUUGCACUAUGGUAUUGACUUGUAUCUGUAAUGCAUAUCCCAAAUCAGGUCUUUAAGUAAUAGUUCACCCACAAUAGAAAAUUCUGUCAUCAUUUGUGUGUGACGUACUUUCCUCUACACUGGUAACUAACUAACAUUGGCCCCCAUUGACUUACAUUGACAUUUCUCAAGCCUGAGGGUUAAUAAAUGAUGACAGAUCUUUUUUAUGCAUUGUAUUUGUGAACAAAGUUACAAUUAUAUUAGUUAGUAAACUUAGAUGAUUAUAGGCUAGACAGUCAGACCAAUGAAUUUGGGCGUUUAAGUGGAGAAACACGCAUACUGUUAUUUGCAAACCAGUUUGAAUUUAGAUUGUAGGCUCAACAUCAGCUCUCUGAGCAGGUCCUCCUGGAAUCCCUCAUCUUUCAGGUAACUGUAGCUCACCUUUGGUCUCCAAGGCAACAGUCGCUCACCUUGCACGGCAGCAGGGGACAAUUUGAGAAAGCGCUCUGCUUGUGAUGUCGAGCCAGAAGAUGAGGCUAAAAGCAAGCCAGCUUCUUCUAAAAUGUUUAAAGCCGGGUUCAGUAUGAAAGCCCAGGCUGCCAAGAAGCCCAUCCCCAUCUCUAUCAAGCUUGGAGCGAGUAAACCUAAAGAACCCACUCCACCCGUACCUGCCAAGAAGCCAGGACUCGCAUCUGUAUUCAAUGAAGAUGAUGAUAGUGAACCUGAGGAAAUGCCACCAGAGGCAAAGAUGAGGAUGAAAAAUAUUGGAAGGGAGACGCCCACAUCAGCUGGACCCAAUUCCUUCAACAAAGGAAAACAGGGAUUCUCAGAUCACCAGAAACUUUGGGAGAGGAAGCUUAAAUCUCAGUCAGAUCAGUAGAGAGACUGAUUAUAGUAGUUUCCCGUUUGGCACAGAGAUAUUUGUCCUUUUGUCUUUUUGUUUGAUGAACACUGUACAAAUGUAUAUAUGUAAUGAAUGUUUAUGCCGUUGAUUGUAGCCACAGUUUUUAUACACUGUGGUUGAAAUUCCUUUUGUACAGUGGAAUACAGAAGAGGGAAAAAUGAGCAUAAUCUAUAUUCACUGUUCCAUCUAAUUUUGAUGAAAUUCCACCUAAUAUGCAACACUGAACCUUGUUGUCAUCUGGCUAUAGUUUAGUUUGUUUUUGAAGAAGAAAUGUAGUGGUGCGUUUAUGAAAAAGAGAAAUGCAAGUCAUUAAUAAAUGAGUGGUGGUAGCA